GUCUCGGGAGCAGCGCGCGGUGGACAGUGGAGCGGGCCGCAUCCACGCACCCGGGGUGUAAAGGCCCGGCGGAUCCGCGGCUGUGGGCAGGCCUGUGCCUGCGCGUCUUCGUGCGAGUAGCUUUUCUCCGUGCGGGGUGCGUGGCCAGGCGCUGAUAUGUGCGCCUGUGAAACCUCUACCCAGCCGCGGCCGGCGGGGAGACAUGGGGAGCCCAGCUGCAAGCCCGAUGGCAGAGCUAAAAGUGCUCGAGGUCCUGCGCCUCAACGUGGGUGGCCGAAUGUUCGCUGCCCGGCGCCAGUCCCUGUGCCGCUUCAAGGGCUCUAUGCUGGCGUCAAUGUUCAGCGGCCGCUUUCCCCUGAAGACAGAUGAGUCAGGGGCAUGUGUCAUUGAGCGUGAUGGACACCUGUUUCAAUACCUUCUGGAUUAUCUCCACGGGGAGCUUCGCAUUCCCGAGGAUGAGCAGACCCGCAUCGCCCUGCAGGAGGAGGCGGAUUACUUCGGCAUCCCCUAUCCUGACAGCCUGUCCGACCACUUGGCCACUGAGAUGGAGACGUAUUCUUUAAGGUCAAAUAUAGAACUUAAAAAGGCCUUAGCGGACUUCUGCGGCUCCUAUGGCCUGGUCUGCAGCGAGCCCACCGUCUGGGUCCUGCACUACCUCAGCACGUCGGGUACCAGCUGUGAGAGCAAGAUCAUCGGGGUAUAUGCCACGCGCGCUGACGGCAAGGAUGCCCUGGAGCGGCAGCUGGGUGGCAGGAUGCGCAGCAAGAGCAUCUUCCGGAGAGAGGCAGGGGAUAAUAUUCAGUACAUCUGGAGCUAUUACUCCGUGGCAGAGCUGAAGAAGAUGAUGGAUGCCUUUGACGCAUGGGAAGGAAGAGGUGUCAGCUACUGGCGGGUGCCCCAUGAGCUGGUCGAGUGCUGGACUCUAGAGCAGCGGCCGCUGUUGGGGAGCGCACGCCAUGCCACCCCGCUCCGCAAGAGGCGCCUGGAGAUACAAGGCGCAGAGCAGAAUGCAGGCGUGUGUGGCAGGCCGGGCCCCACGCGGGUGCGCUCCUCAGGCCCCUCUACCAGCACCCGCAUCACCGUGCGCAACUCCGCUGCCCUUGGCCUGGCUCCGGCCAGUGCUGGCCAGGGUGCCACUGCAGUGACACCGACGGUGAGGCGGCCUCGGAGCAGUGGUCACGGCCAGGUAGCCUGGAGUCCUGCAUCCCUAGUGGGCGUGGAGACAGCGGAGCGACCCCAGUCUUCUCGUGGGGCCCGGAGCCCUGAAAACAGGGCUAUGCCCUCUCCGCCUGUACAGGUCCAACCACCUCCCCCUGUGGACAAGAAGGCUGCGCCCCACCGUGUGAUAAAGCUGAGGAGGACCCCGCUGCGCGCUGCGCCCACCCUGCCACCCCCUGGAGCUGCUGGCACUUCGGAGGUGCAGCCUGAGAGCGACAGUGGCCGGGCCACUGGGCAAGAUGGGUGAAGACACAGAGUGGACACUUGGCCUUGGCCCAUCGCUCAGUGUCCCCAGCGAGGGUGGGAGGUGACCCAGGGAAGUGGGACAGAGAGGCCCCAUGGGCCGUUUUGUUGGUUUUCCAGUUUAGAAAGGAUCCUUACCUGCGGCAGCUGGAUGCCCUGUGGUCACGUUUUGAGCUUUCUUUACGUGUUUGUUGGUGGUGAGGGAGCUGCGCAGCAGCUUGUUGGGGGCCAGGUGUGGGGCAGGGGCCCGGCCGGCACCACCUGUGGCCCAGAGGGCAGAAGUGGCCUGGAGGCUGCGACACUUCUCGAACAGUGAUGCACACCUGCACAUGUGCCCGCUCUGAGAGUGACGUAGCUUGGCCUGGAACCAAGUGUUCACACUCCAAAUUGUAAUCGGAAAAGUUUCGAAUAGUGAAAUUUGGAACACACUUGGAAAAAAGUUAAAAUAUGUUUAACUUUUUAACUAAGGUUAGUGUUUGGUUUUUAGAAGUGACCGCAGAAGAGCCAUUCUGAUUAUAUGAUUUUUAUGCAUACAAUUUCCAUAUAACUUGAAUAUUUUUAAACAAUUUGGAUUAUUCUAUUUUUUCAUGGUUGUUCCAUUGUGUGUGUUUGCUCUUAUGUGCUAUAUUUUCUAACUGGAUCACAGAGUUCCUAAAGCAGGGUCCUUUCCACUCAAUGCUUAGCGUUGUGCUUGUAUUGCCUCAAAAGAAAAAAUAUACGCAAAACAUGACUUCUUGCAAAAUAAAGAAAAACUUUUCUAUAAAAAGCAA